UGCAUUUGAACUUUUCCACCGCACCCAUUUCUGGGUUUUAUGGUGACCCUUUUCUGACUGGAAUAAGGGUUUUGCCUUCCUUUUCUUUGGGGUUCCUGGGAAAGCAUACCCCCAUUUUAGUGGGAGUGGGGUGGGGAUGAUGUUGAAGAAGCUGUGGUGCUGGGGAUGGUUCACUGUUUCUAAUCUACUGCUUGUAACUGUUGUUUACUCCAAGCAACAUGGAAACCCAGCAAAUGAUCUGGUUGACAUCAUCAACAAGAAUCGAACAGCCCAAAAGCUUCCAAAAUUAAAUGACAACCCUGGUCUUGGAUGCAUGGCAUUGCAAUAUGUAGAGGAAUGCAAGGGAAACUGCUCUAAAAACAACACUAUAAACUGUCGGCCAUCAGAAGAUGACUUCACUGAAAUUUUUGCUCCCAAUUGUGGUGUAGAACUACCUACUUUUGGCACCAUAUCUGGCCACAUUGUGGGAUGUCAAUCCAAAUAUAUUGAGCCAUCAGAAGCCUUUUCUCAGGUUCUCAUCCGAGACAAGAAAGCACUCUCUCUUCUGAGAAAUAAAACACAUACUGAAGUGGGAGUAGGCAUGAUUGGGAACCAUAAAGGGCCUUUCCUUUGGUGUGUUCUAUUCAGUAGUGGCCAGACCAAUACUACAUUUGUUCUUGAAGAUCGUGGUGAAGGCAUAAAACAAAAGAAAGGGUGCUUCAGCGGAAGCAGUACUCCAUGCAGUGGAGGACAGAAGAACAGUAUAUUUGGCAAUAAUUUAACCAUGGGUUUUAUAUAUACUUUCUUGUUAGUACUCCAUGCAGUGGAGGACAGAAGAACAGUAUAUUUGGCAAUAAUUUAACCAUGGGUUUUAUAUAUACUUUCUUGUUACAGUACUUGUACUCCAACUUAUUCCUGACUAUUUGAGAAUUUUUGUGAAGCAGUUCUCCCUCAUUUUGUGACGUUUUUUAUUCAGAAAAAGACAAUUAAAAGAGCCUCCAAGCUGCAAUUUUCAGUCCA